AUGAGUGACUUAUCAGACUUCUCUAUGGACAAAGGGGGAGAUUCUGAACUCCAAGAUUUUCUUAUAGCCGAAAAGCAAAAAGCUCAGUUUAACGCUCAGAUACACGAAUUCAAUGAUUUCUGUUGGGACAAAUGUGUUGACAAGCCUGGAGCUAAGCUGGACUCGCGCACAGAAACAUGCAUCAGUAAUUGUGUUGAAAGAUUCAUUGAUGUUUCAUUGUUAAUCACUAAUAGAUUUGCCCAAAUGCUCGAAAAAGGUGGAGGCAUGCAGUAG